GAAAAUGUGCUAUAAAAAUAAUAUUAUCUUACUAUAAGCAGCUGUUUUCUCUUUUAUGUUUAAGUUUUGUGGAGUCCUUUAGAAAUACAUUCCUCAUCACACAACUUGGUUUUCAUUCCCAGAUUGUCUCAGGGGACCAUAUAGCAUUUUUUUUUUAAAGUUCUCCACAAAUGGGAGCAAAUGAGCAGAAGCUGUGAUUUCGGCAUAUUGCGUCAGCGUCCACCACGUUGCUUUUUGUCAUCUUGUGUUGUUGUUCAAGCCUAUUGAGCAUGUGCUUCUGCAAAUGUUUAAAGUGACCCUCUUUGCACGGCGGUGUCGGUCCUCCUGUCCUGUCCUCUCCUCUCCUCUGCGGUCUGUCCGUCUCUCUGACAAGGAGACGAGGAGGAGGAGGGAGAGAAAGAGGGACGGAGUGGGAGGAAGAGGGGGGACGGCUUUGCUGUGAUGUGAAUGGAGAGCGAGAAGGGAGAGAAAGAGGGAAGGAGGGAGGGAGGGAGGCAGGGCAGCACAAAUCAACCUGCCUCUUCUUGACUUCAGCAAACAGCACAGAGAAGCAGGGAAGUGUGUGUGCGUGUGUGUGUGUGCGCCCUGCGAGCUAUUUCGCGAUUCUUCUUUCUUUCUUGUUUUUUUUUCUUUCCCGUUUUGGUUUAGAGGAAGGGAGGACAGCCCUGGGGAGGAACGAGCUGCCUCACCGUGGAGAUAGAUAGCAGAAAAAUGCUGUCAUGGGGAGAGAAGGGGAGCGAGUCGGCAGAGAGGAACAGGAUGGAACAAGGCAGGGUCGAGCAGGACUGAAAUGUGGAGGUGGUCUGUGGAUGACGGCUGCAGGCGCUGGGCAGUGCACACCAGGGGAUGCCAUGUUUGACCGCUUGACAAGGGCAGCAGCUCUCCGACACAGAGGGCAUAGAGACGGGCUCCAGUGAUGAUCCUCGCUUGUUUAACUCAAACUAAAUGCAUAUCUGCACACGUGGAUGGACCCGUCCAGCGACCAACAGUGCGGUUUCCCUUCCGACUUCAUCAUUCCCACUCAAGAACUCAUUGACAAAGUGCGGUGUCCCACAGAGGCCCUUAUGAGAGCCCAGAGGUCGAGAGAGUUCAUCCAUCUUAGGUGGUGUGAAUGAAAUAAUAAUAGUUGCUUUCACUUAGCUGGAUUUUCCAUUUUCAUACUCAGCAUCCCAGUUUCACACCAGCACCUCAGACACCUGGAUGAAGAGUUAAGCAGGGAGCUCCAGAGAGAAGAUUGUCAGAUUAGGUUUGAUUCCUCAGACACCAUGCAGUCAGACGACCUCUUCAUUCGCAAGUUCCGCCGCCAGAACAUGCGCCCGCCCCUCGCCACUGUCAAUUUUGACCACAAACGGGAAGCGGGAGUGGUGGAGUGGCCUCCCAGGAGGCCCGGCGACGGCGCCGAUGCAGACUGCAGCCUCACGCCGAGCCGCGUGGGGUUGACUCUGCGGUCGGUGGGGCGGGGCCACAUCAUGCAAAGAAGUAACAGCGAUGUAACCCUGGGAGACUUGGACUCCUCUGGGAAAACGUCAGGGAAAGUAAUCCGAGCAGCAGGUGAGAAAACGGGCACAGGGCCUCAGGGAGACUCAGGUGGGCAUCUGCACAGGGAGUACGGCAGCCUGUCGUCGCUGGAGAGACAAAGUCAAGGCCAGGAGCCGAGCAGGGAGAACCACGGGCCCCUGAGUCCAAACGCUCUCCGCUUUAAAGACCCUUUCCUGCUUUUAGGCCUGGAGGGCAACCUUCCAGAGCCGGAUGGAUUCUUCCGAGAUCUGACCAGGUCUGGUGGAGACUCCCCGAAACCCGCGAAACCACCCAAGCCUGAAGGUCUUAGUAAAAAGUCCAAACUUACGCCCCCUCAGAUCCCUCAGCCCGGCCCGUACGACCACCUGGGCGGCGGCGCGUGGGUGAGGAACUUUGCCCACUACGAUGUUCAGAGCAUCCUGUUUGACCUCACAGAGGUCGCCACAAACAGGGACAGCAUCGGUCGCAAGAAGAACAUCACCUCAGGGGCGUCGGCUGCCUCGCAGCUCCGCCCCCUCGCCCAGUCCACACCUGCCUCACCAGCACAGGGAGGCGGUGGCAGCGGAGGGAACGCCGACGACCAGGAGCAGUCGCUGCUGCUGGACGAAGGCGACGGCAACGAUAACGAGCUGCUGCUCAGCUGUCCGCACUUCCGUAACGAGACGGGAGGCGAGGAGCAGGUGGGCCUGGGGCGGUCGGCUGGCAGAAGGGAGCUCUGGUCGACCCUGCGGACCCCCAACGACGCCGUGUCUGUGCUGGAGGAGCCCAGGGAGAGCAACAUCCAGCUGCAGGGGAAGAGCAACUACUUCAUAGAGCACGCAGACCUGGGAGCGCAUUACUACCGCAAAUAUUUCUACCUGAAAGAACACCAGAACUUCUUUGGGAUUGAUGACCGCCUCGGCCCUGUGGCCAUCAGCUUCCGGCGGGAUGAGAAAGAAGGGUCCAGCGGAGCUCAGUACAAUUACAGAAUCAUCUUCCGCACCACAGAGAUGAAGACGCUUCGAGGCUCCAUCCUGGAGGAGUCCGUGCCGUCGGCCGCCCGUCACACGACCCCGAGGGGCCUGUCCCCCAAGAGGCUGCUGGAGUUCAUCAUGCCUGAGCUCAACCUGCACUGCCUCCGCCUGGCGUCCAACUCCCCGAAGGUCCGGGACACGCUGCUCAAGCUGGACGAGCAGGGGCUGAACUUUCAGAGGAAGGUCGGCGUGAUGUACUGCCGCGCCGGACAGAGCUCCGAGGAGGACAUGUACAACAACGAGAGCUCUGGGCCAGCGUUCGAGGAGUUCCUGGAUUUGCUUGGAGAGCGGGUGCGGCUGAAGGGCUGGGAGAAAUACCGAGCUCAGCUGGAUAACAAGACCGACUCCACUGGAACGCAUUCCCUCUACACGCGCUACCAGGACUACGAGAUCAUGUUUCACGUGUCGACCAUGCUGCCCUACACGGCCAACAACACGCAGCAGCUGCUGAGGAAGCGACACAUCGGAAACGACAUCGUGACGAUCGUGUUCCAGGAGCCAGGUGCUCUGCCCUUCACCCCGAAGUCCAUCCGCUCACAUUUCCAGCAUGUCUUCAUCAUCGUUCAGGCUCACGAGGCCGGCACCGACCACGCCUACUACAGAGUGGCUGUGACACGCUCCAAAGACAUCCCGUUAUUUGGGCCCCUGUUCCCCAGGGGCGCCCGGUUCCCUCGCUCGCCUGCCUUCAGAGACUUCCUCCUGGCGAAGGUGGUAAACGCCGAGAACGCCGCAGAGAAAUCGGAGAAGUUUCGCUCCAUGGCCACGCGCACUCGGCAGGAAUACCUGAAGGAUCUGGCGGAGAACUACGUGACCACGACCCCCAUCGACUCCUCCACCAAGUUCCCCCUCCUCUCUUUGGGGAGCAAGCGGAAAGACAAGAUGAAGGGCGCGAAAGGCGCUGAGCUGCACAGCGCCGGAGCGCUGGUGUGGGCGGUGAUGGUCAGCUGCAGAGACGACUCGGAGGCCGGUGAGCAGCAGAAGUUCCCCUGUCUGCUUGGAGUGUCGGCGGAGUCGGUGGUGCUCAUCGAGAGGGGCAGUCGCAGGGUGGUGUUCAACUGCUCCUGUCGAGACGUCAUCGGAUGGAAGGCGGUGACAGAAACGAAGGAUGGGGGGCCGUGUUUGGACAUCUUCUAUGAGCGCGGGGAGUCCGUAUCGAUCAGCAUGUUGGAGAGUCAGACAGAGGACAUAAAGGAAGUAGUGCAAAGGCUUGAGCUGGUGACGCGGGGCUGCGAGGCGCUGGAGGUCACCCCGCUGCGGGACGGAGUGGGGCAGCCUGGCUUCCUCAUGAACGAGGAGGGCUUCGUGACGGACCUGCAGAGGUUCUGCUACGCCGAGAGUGGAGGCCUGCAGCUGCGGGCUCGCGUGGUGAGGCUGUGCGGACAUUCCCUGGUCCACUUGAGCCCCGAGGAGAGGAGCAGGCUUCUCCGCACGGCACACAAGAUCCACAUCACCGUCAUCCCACCGGAUGAGAACGGCAAACCUCGCAGAAGUUUCUCUGAGCUCUAUCAGAAAGCCAUCAAGGAUGCGGAGUGCAAGUCCGGCGAGGACCAGUCGGGAGUGGCCUGGGUGGUGGAUGAGAGGGAAGACGAGAGGGAGGAGCAGAAGGUGGAGGAGGAGCAGCUGAAGGCGGACAGGGUCGACGAGGAGGAGGAGGAAGAAGAGGUCACCGAGGAUGAGCUGAAGAUGGACGGCGGCGGAGAACAAAACGAGGAGAGUCCCGGCCCGCUCCUGGCGCCGCCCACCUUACCUUUGUUGAGGGCUACGUCGCUGCAGGACCAGCCAGCCAAUCAGAGCGAAGAGAUCAGCAUCUCUCAGCUCAGCCGCAGCGUUUCUCUGGAGAAGCAGUUGUCCUACACAGACACCUGCGAUGGACACGUGUACGACAACGUGACGAUGAAGGAGAAACGCCACAUCUAUGAGAACGUCGGGGAGCUGAGGGACGCCACGCCUGACCUGAUCCUGGCCGUCAAGCCCAAAGUUCCCCCAGAAGACGAGCAGUUCCUGGCCACUGACUUUGGCGAGGACAAAGCUUCAGCGAGUGACUCGUCUGCGUUAUCUUCCCGGCUGUCGAGUGUAGACCGAGCAGAAAGAAACUCACGAGCCCUCAGUCUGCAUCACUCCAUCACCAAGAUUCUCUCUGAGACGACAGAUUCCACAGAUGAGGAGUGGCAGUCCAUUGCCGACCUGGCGACAGCCUGCCGCAGCAUCCUGGAGGCUUUGUCCAAAGAAGACCGUAAAGCCGGGGAUUCCUCUCAAGGUGGCGCUGAUCAGACAGACAGCAAACUCAAAGACUCAAAGGACAGUGACUCUCCGGGCCACCUGGAGGAGAAGGUGUCGCAGCUGGAGGCCAUGCUGAAGAAGCUGCAAGAUGACCUGCAAAAGGAGAAAGAGGACAAGGCGGUGCUGCAGGCCGAGGUGCAGAGCCUCAGGCAGAACAACCAGCGGCUGCAGGAGGAGUCGCAGAGCACAGUGGCCCGCCUCAUCAAAGUCACUGAGCUCCUGUGCAACGUCAACAAGCCCUGUUAGGUCCCCAUGAUGCAAAUCCCGCUGAGCGCCUCCGUGCCCAACAACGUUCUCUGAUCAUGUAUAGAUAGCUGCAAAAGUAAACACACAAGUGUGGUCCUGCCUGCUGGGGAGGAAGUAUGCAAAAGAAACAAACAAAAAAAAAGUGUAGAUUGACCUUCGCAGGCUGCUGUAGAGUGCUUCUCUUGGUGUGUGUGCGUGUGUGUGUGUGCCUAUUUUUCUUGCUUCAAAUACUUGACAAGCUCUCCUAAGUAGCACUUACAGAAGAGGUUUCAAUUAAGACAGACACUGUAUCGCAUGUUUUUGUGGUGUCUAAUGGAAAAAUGACCAAAAGUGUAUAAAACAUAGUAAGCAGUAUCAGCGGUAAUAUAUGUGAACGGUAGUAAAGCUACAUGUCGUUGCAGGUUCUGAGUGUGUUUUCUGCCUGGCACUGACAGGAAGGUUGGCCUGAAAUUAACACACACACACACAAAUGAAUAUUUAAAUUACUGCAGGCGGCCUUCUUCUUAGAAACAUGUAAUGAUGCUCACUGAGGGAGCUCUGUUAUGUAAGGACAUUAUCCUCUAUCUUCACUUCUUAGUCGUACUGUAUUUAGGCAAUUCUGCUUUAGGAAAGAAAACUGGAAAAUGAGGGGACUGAAAACAGAGAUUCAAGCUGCUUGUUUCUUCUGGGUUUUUUUGGAUUUGAAAAGAAAAUCGCCGUAAAGAGGAAAUUGAAAAGAUAAAAUUCAGACUCUGGCAGGAACAAACUGCUUCAGCUUCCUUUCCAUGACUGCCUGUAGCUGUUUAUCUUCUAACCUCACUAUUGUAGCAGCCAUAACAGUAGAAGAUCGCCUCCUGCUGGCCUGAACUGCAGCUCUUAUUUUUCAGCCUGCAAAAUAGCUUUAGGUGUGAGAAUGAGCAACCUGGACUGAUGGUGAAUAAUGCAGAAAACUGUACUUAAACACAUUUUGUUUGUGUUUAAUUGUUUUUGUUUUGUUUCCUGAUGUAACUAUUUGGGUAAUUGUUUACUUUAGCUGGAGAGUCGCAGCAGUGCUUUGAAAUUUUCUUAAUUAGAGAUGCACCAAAAAAGAUUCACCAAACGGUGAUCACAAUCAAAUAAGUUUGAUAUUUACCAAACUUGACUGGUGACCAGCCUGUUAUAACCUCAGAAAUGCAACAUUUUUAAAAUCAAUGAAUGCAGCUAAGGGCUAACAGAUCUCACUAACAUCACUCUUCAGUGUGGAAGUUGUCACUGACCCGAUGAUAAUCAAAGUUAGCUAUUUGUAGUAACAACGAGGCGAUUAAAAGUAGGUGGAGGAAUCACAGAGAUGUAGGAAGCUUGACAUCUGGUGCUUGCAUUUCACUCCAUUUGGUUGCUUCAAACUCAACUAUUUUGGGUACAAAAAUGAGCUGAGAGGUCAACUCAUAACAGGAAUGUUGUUUCAGUUUGAUAAAAUAUUAAACUGACAGAAGCUCAACAUCACACUGAAGUUUUAUUGUUUGUUUUAUUAUUUUGAGCUUUCAGCCUGUCUGUCAGGGAACAUGCUGGAUUUGGAAAUGUUGCCAGAAGAAAUUUCUGACUUCGAAUUAGAGUCUACACUUCCCAGCGCUGUGAUUCUCAAACUAAAACCCGCUGAUGCUGUGUUUAUUUCACCUCGUUAGUCAGAACUUGGAGCUAGGAAUGUAAUCAAACCACAAGCUUCAAGUUUAAAAAGCAGCUUGAUUUGCUUAUUGUAUCCAGGGUCACUACUUGUUGCAACGCAAUAAAAACAACGUAUUCAUAUAUAAUUUCACUUGAGGAGAUUGUGUUGCAGUUUUAACAAAAUCCAUGUCAUCAGAGGUGCAAAGAAAGUCAUUUUUAUUGCAGCUGUUGGUGAAUUUUAUAUGCAAUUAAGGCGACCAUUUUGUUUUCAGAGACCGGAGCUGUUGAGACACCCCACAGUUUCUGACUUGUAAUUCUAAUUUAAGGGCCUGUUUGUUAAUCUGUCCAGCUUGAAACUGAUUUUUCAACAUCUGUGCUCUGGAUAAGAAAGGAAAUAUGUUUUUGCUUUGUUUUUUGUUAUUUUCUAUGACUUAACACAUCAAACUAAAAGCGUACAAUUGCUGCUGCGCUGCUAUUUUAACACGUCAUUCUGUGUGAAAAACUUAGUAAUUGCUGUUUUUAUUCUAAAACAUUUGAGAAUCACUGCUAUAGGGAAUGCAUAGAGGCCACUGUUCACAUUUAUGUUCAAUACCAUAAAAGUAAGGACAUUUUGAAACAUCAAAAUAUUUCAAAAUGUCCUAAUUUAGUGGCAGACAGGAGACAGGCUCCCAGAAGAGACUGAUUUCAGUAAUGCUAAACUGAUCAAUCAAGUUUAUUUGUAUAUGUCAGCAAGAAGGUAGUUCAAAGUGCUUUACAUCAUAAAAACACAUAAAAAAUUCCACAUUUGAGAAACCAGUGACAGACAUUAUAUUGUAAAAUGAUCAAAACCAUCAAUACACAUUGGUUCAAUUCUGUUUCCGAAUUCUUUCAGAUAACUUUUUGCUCUCCUUUUCUUCAAAUAUAACUGAUUAAUCAAUCAGAGUGACUUUUCUCUGGUUGAUGUUGCUUGAUUUUAAAAUUUGACUUUAAAUCAUUGACUGUCACAGCGGUACGAAACACCCUUCUGUUGUUCAGAAGCCAUUUUGUACACAAAAAAGUCGACUUCAGAGCAACCAAUAUCCUGAAGGUAUGAAAUGCCGAACUGACUGGCAUUCCCCUUUCACAGCAGGAAAUCUAAAGGUAGCUAUUUUGAGUCAUUUUUCAUGUAUAUUCUCAUAUGACAGUUUUUAAAAGAGAAACUGGAAGUUGAUCACAGUUGUCCAGUCGGUGCAUCUCUAAUCUAAACGUACGCUUGUGUGCUUACGUCUCAUUCCUGCACCUUUGCUUUUGUCAGUGUAACACUGGACAUGUCACACACCAAACUCCAUUCGGCCUGCCUAAAAUUAUAACAUUAUAUCUUGCUCAACAUAAGAAGGUGCAUAAGAUCUCAACUCCACCCCCGACACUCACCUUCCCUCAUUAAUGUGUCUCCACUGCUGAUGGAGUCGUUGUGUUCAGAGGUGGACCGCCAACAAACAACCGAUAAACUGAACUCUCACAAACGCACCCGCAAAAAGCAAUGCCAAACAUCGCUCAAGACUGCUGUUUUUUUUUUUUUUUUCUUGUACAAACUUCCUGUCAUUUUCUUUUUGAGUCACUGUGAAUAACUGGUACCAGCAUAUGAGGAGUGAGUUGGGAAUCUAAACCUUUGUUCCACGUUGGUGCACUGAGCAUGCUCUCCUUUUUGCAGGACGAUUAGCGCUAAUCGGAGGCUUCGUUAUUUAAAAGGAGAGGUGGGGAAAGACCCGUUUUACUGUGUCUUGUAUAUUUAUUUAGAUUGUAGGAGACUGGUCGAGCAUGACAACGUGCCAAGCGACUUCCAAGCCUCCCCUGCUGUAUGUGUGUAUGUAUUAAAAAAUGUAACGUAUUAAUAAUGCAAAUGUGGAAUUUCUUGUAGCUGUUCAAACUGGAUUGAAGGUGUAAAAAAAAAAAGAGAAAAAAAAGAAAUGGGAACUAUGGUGGAGAAAAUGUGUUAUAAAUUUUGCUUUACUUUUCUAGACAACAAAUUGCUAUGAUGUAAAAUGAAGUGAUAAUUGCUGAAACAUAAUGUAGUUAUAAGUGAUAAUAUUAUUCUGGAAUUGAAUUAUUUAACUUGAAUAUGGUCAUCAGGUAUGCCUUAAUGAAUGGAUUCCCUCUUUCUUUAAUGGAACUGGUCUAACUGGUCAUACUGGCAUAAUGUGAAAGCUUACUCUUGACUUUGUGCCUACCUUUUUUUUUGUUGUUGCUUUAUCCUUUUUACAUUUGGUUGCACUUACUAAGUUUGUAUUAUUAUUAUAUUUUUUAAAUAAUUUAAAUAUGAUUUUUAUUUUUUUGGCAAGUGAACAUUUCCAGGCCCAUCAUAACAUCUGGUUUUUCAUUUAGUGUGAUGAAAAGUCAUCGGGUGCCACGUUUGCAGUUCAGAUUGUUUAAAAAAAAUAUAUAUAUAUAUAUAGAUUUUUUAAAAAGUACAUUUAAAAGCAAAUAGUGCUGAAAAUGAUGGUUGAGUGGAAAUGAAUGGGUUGUACUUCCUUAAAAGGUAUUUAAAUGUUCCUGUAUGAGCUGUCUGUGGAAAUAAAACAAUAAAAAUAAAUAAAACUAGGAGGAAAAAGUGAAAGAUUUGGGCAUCACAUGCACUUUCUUGACCUAAGUUGGAAGUGCAGCGGGUUAAACCUAGUUACAUGUAAAGUCUAUACAGAUGCUUGACAAAUACCCCCAAAGCAGAUUAUACUAAGACGUUUGUCGAGCUGACUUUGAGAUAUGAUGGAGCGAUUGUGGAGGAUGUUUGUCAUUUUUAGAUUAGUUGGGGGAAAAAAAAAAUCUAGCAGGUUUGGAGUUUAAAAAAAAAAGCCUCUAAUUACAGGUGGCUAGAUCUCCAGAACCUAAGAUGUACUGUAUCUGUAAUUUAAAUGAAUCUUUAGUUUUCAUCUGUUCACCCUGUGGCUCUGUUUACUUUUCAUGAAGCAGAGAAUAAUUAAAACACAAGUUUAAACAGCUAC